AUGUCUUCAACUUCGCGCAAGCCGCUCAAGCGUCUUUCAUUACUGCAAUCCCCUACUUCGUUUUCUUCACCGACAUUUUCAAGCACCGAUAGUCCUACCGUCGCGUCGAGACGUGUCGACCGCGACGCGGCUGGGAACACGGUUCAAAACGCAGGCUCCCCGAACUCUUCGGUCGAGGAACCGACUGCGACAGCGCAAUCCGAGCAGGUGUCCAAGAAUGCGCGUCGCCAGUCGUCUAUAUAUUACGUCUCGCGAGACCGAGACCUUGAACGCAUCGCGACGGAUGAGCGUUUACCAGUGAAUGAACGGAGGUUCUCUGCUCCUCAGUGUCGAAACAAUGCCGACGAUGCAGCCUCACCAAUCUCAGAAAGACAGAGGAAAAGACAGAGUGUUAGUGUGCUUGAGGAGCAACCUGCACCGAUGACUUUGGCAGAGAAACACGCUGACUUAUUGCGAUUCAUUGCUCAGAAGGAAUCCAGAUGUCUAGAGCUGCGCUCACAGUUGGCUGUCGAAGAGGCAGAGCUAUUUUCUCUUAAACGAAAGUGGGAACGUAUAGUAACUCGUGGACAUAGAGGUGCUCCUUCUGCGUCUGUAUCAUCUCUCGAAAUGGAUCCUUCGGCCCAGGGUGCCGUACUUGCUGGUCUUAAAGAAGGUGUUCAGGGUGUUGGGCGCCUCAUUGCGCAGCUUGGUGAACUUGGCACUCAAGGCAGUGAUACUGGUCAUGUUUCAAGUGCCUCAAUUUCUACCUCACGGACUUCGUCAUCAUCAACGCGGCUCUCCCAAUCAUCGGUAUCGUCUUUGGGAACAUUUGAGGACAAAGAGCCUGAGAUCCUCGAGAAUACGACCUCGGACUCUGCAGACCCUCACUUGAAGCGUCAUUCACUGUCAACACCAGUUCGCCGAAGACCCUACGAGCUAUCUUCUCCUUCGACACCGUCGCCUCCCAUUCUCACUCCCCGUACACCACUCUCUGCAUCUGUCCAAUUCUCAGUGGCACAAACACAGCCCCCCACGGUUAAGCUGUCACAUUCACAGACCACUGUUCAAGUCACUUCUAAGCACAAGAAACGAAUGAGUGUCGCUUCAGGCACUUUCCCUCCCGCCUCAUCCAUCCCAGGAGUAAGCGUCGCACCACUCGUAUCUUGGGUUGAUAGCGUUGGGAAACGGCUAGUACAACUGCAUGUCUCUGGUCAUGAAUCGGAGCCACGCUCCAAUUCCAAUUCACGAAAAGAUAUGGAGUCGAUACACAAACGUGCAUCGACACUACUGUCAGAUGCUUCAAGUUCAUUGUUCGCUGCGCUCACAUCGCCCACACGUCAGUCUCCCGUAAUUGAUCUCACGGACCCGGCAUCGCCGUUUUUGCUCGACGACGACAGUGACAUGCACGGAAAUGAUCUCGGUACGCAGUGGGCCACUGUGAAUACGCUUUCACCUGAACGUCCGAAAAUCGCACCCAUUCCUGCUGUGCCGAAUGCAGCUGUGAAGAAGGUGUCUGAUAACGGAACCCUUCCCGACAGCGCAAAUGGUACCGAUGCGGACGGCGAGGAGUGGAACUGGUAAUUUGCAUCAAGCCUGUUCAAUAUACUCAUUCUUUCGCUUGUCUCUCGUAACGAUCUUGCGUUGACGCACGUUGAUAUGCAUUGUUUCACGCCCUAUUUCUCAUACUUCGUUGAACAUAUUGGAUACAGGAUAUAAAAUACUGAAAUACCCUGCUAUACUGGAUCACGAUCGUGAAUAAUUAGGUGUAUAGUACAUACCUUUGGACGUGAAUGUUAUGUGAAAC